AUGCCACCUCACACUCAAAUAACAACAACUGCCCACUCCCUUGCCGACCCAGAAUCCUUCUGGAGCUAUCACGCAGCCAAGCUCCACUGGCACCGCAAGCCAUCACGGGCCCUGACACGCCACACCAAAACUCUCCCCAGUGGAGUCUCACACGAGCAUUGGUCGUGGUUUGCCGACGGCGAGAUCUCCACCUCCUACAACUGUGUUGAUCGACACGUCCUCGCAGGACACGGUGACAAUGUGGCCAUAAUCUGGGAGUCGCCCGUGACAGGAUCGACGGAGACAUACACCUAUGCUCAGCUACUGGAUGAGAUCGAGGUUCUUGCGGGAGUCUUGAGGGAGGAGGGAGUAAAGAAGGGUGACGUUGUCAUUAUCUACAUGCCAAUGAUCCCGGCCGCCCUAAUAGCAGCUCUAGCAAUAACACGCCUAGGCGCAAUCCACGCCGCCGUCUUCGGCGGCUUCGCCCCGCAAUCCCUAGCGCAACGCAUCGAAGCCGCGCGCCCACGCGCAAUAAUGACCGCCUCGUGCGGUAUCGAGGGAAACAAGGGCCCCAUUGCUUACAGGCCGCUAGUGGAGGGUGCAAUAAACGCAAGCAGGUUCAAGCCGAGCAAGGUGCUUGUUUGGCAGCGGGAUCAGCUGCGCUGGAAUAGACCUGAUAAGAGGGGUGGACAGCGGAAUUGGCAGAGGCUUGUUAAGAGUGCGCGUGGUCGGGGGAUUCGGGCUAAGUCCGUUCCUGUUAUGGGGACCGAGGGGGUUUAUGUUAUUUAUACUAGUGGAACAACAGGCCUCCCAAAAGGCGUCCUCCGCGAAGCAGGCGGACACGCCGUAGGCCUAACCCUAAGCACAAGUGCCCUCUUCAACAUAAAAGGCCCAGGCGAUGUAAUGUUCUGCGCCUCAGACAUAGGCUGGGUAGUAGGGCACUCCUACAUCUUGUACGGACCCCUCCUAGUCGGCGCAACAACGAUCCUCUACGAAGGCAAACCAGUCGGCACACCGGACGCCGGUAUAUUCUGGCGUCUAAUCGAAAAACACAAAGCGAAUGUCCUAUUCACGGCGCCUACUGCUAUUCGUGCGAUGUGCAAAGAUGAUCCCGAGAAUGUCCUUAUUAGUGAAGUUGGAAGGAGAGGCGGAUUGAAGUCGUUACGUGGGUUAUUCCUUGCCGGUGAGCGGAGCGAGCCAUCUAUCGUUCGGCUUUAUCAGGGGUUAUUGGAGAGGUUUGGGGCUGUUGGUGCUACUGUCGUUGAUAACUGGUGGUCGUCUGAGUCUGGUUCGCCUAUUACCGGGUUGAUGCAGAAUUGUCGGGCUGCUAUUGCUGGUUCGGGUCCUGGUGCAGAUGUAGAGGGACAGAGUGAGAAACCUCUUGCUCUUCGUCCUGGAUCGGCGGGUUUGCCGUUACCUGGUUUUGAUGUCCGUAUUGUCGAUGACGAGGGCAUUGAAGUAUCCCAUGGCACGAUGGGUAAUAUCGUUCUGGGACUACCCCUUGCCCCGACGGCAUUUACGAAUCUUUUCAUGGAAGACGAGCGUUUUUACCGUGGGUAUCUGAAGCGGUUUCAAGGGCGGUGGGUUGAUACCGGUGAUUCGGGGAUGGUUGAUGGAGAUGGCUAUUUGCAUGUUAUGUCGCGAUCUGAUGAUAUCAUUAACGUUGCAGCUCAUCGACUUGGGACUGGAACAAUCGAACAAGCAAUCCUCUCCCACCCAGCGAUCAGUGAAGCGGUAGUAAUCGGCCUCCCCGACCCCAUAAAAGGCCAUCUCCCCUUCGCAUUCAUCCAACCAAAAGCUGGAUCAAUCCCGGAAGAAGCUACAUCUAAUGGAUAUCUACCAGCAAAACCAAGCCAGAAACUCUUCACAGAAGUGAACACCCUCGUGCGCGAACAAAUUGGAGCUAUUGCCUCGCUAGGUGGGAUGAUUCAGGGCCGGGGGAUGUUGCCUAAGACUCGGAGUGGGAAGACGCUUAGACGGGUUUUGAGGGAGUUGGUUGAGAUGGCUGUUAAGGGGGAUUAUGAGGGGGCUGUUGCUGUGCCGCCUACUGUUGAGGAUGGGGAUGUUGUUGAUGUUGCUAGGGGAAGGGUUAGGGAGUAUUUUGAGGGUGUGAGGAAGAGACAGGGUGGGAUGGCGAAGCUUUAA